AGCCUACAGUAGCGCGCCGGGGCCUGGCUUCAUGUGCGUACCUUUCCCGUCUGCUCUCUCUCACUCAGAUGGGAGCGACAAAAACACAGACGCCCACCUAUCACUGCCUCCACUCACUUUCUAUCACAGCUACUCAAGAUGGCGGCAGCUUCCUCCAUCCAGCCGCCGACCGUUCACUCUUUGAACCAGGAAAGUGCAAAUUUCCCGGAUUCUGACAGCCCGGAGAGCCGGCAGGAUGAGGACGCAGCAUCCGAGGGGACCAGUCUCAGAGACUUACCCGAUUUGGAACCGGAGGAAAUUGAGAAGAGGCUAGAGAAAACUCGCCGCGAGCUGAGCAACAGGAGGAAAAUCCUCAUUAAAAACCUUCCACAAGAUACAACCAACCAGGAGGUCCAUGAGAUUCUGAAAGAAUACGAGCUCAAGUAUUGCUUUGUGGACCGCAACAAAGGGACAGCAUUUGUGACUCUGCUGAACGGUGACCAGGCUCAGGAUGCCAUCCGCUCCCUCCACCAGAGCAUCGUGCGUAGCCGGGACAUCACGGUGCAGCUCCAGCCCACAGACAGUCUGCUGUGCCUCACCAACCUGCCCCACACCUUCACCGCCCAGCAGCUGGAGGAGCUGGUCCGUUCCUACGGAAACAUCGAGCGCUGCUUUCUGGUCUACAGCGAGCUCACCGGACACUCCAAGGGCUACGGCUUCGUGGAAUACAUGAAGAAGGACUCAGCGUCACGGGCGCGGUCGGAGCUGCUGGGGCGACCAGAGGGGGACCGUGCGGUUAUGGUCCAAUGGACAGAUGUGAACCAGUUGACUGCAGGUCACCACCUCCACUCUAAGUGCCUCUGUGUGGACCGGCUGCCCCAGGAGUACGACUCAGAAGAGCUGACCCUCCUGUUCUCAGACAGAUACAAGCCUGUCUUCUGCCAGCUAGCCCAGGAUGAGGGCAGCCCGGUGCGAGGGUUCGGGGUGGUGGAGUAUGAGAGUGCAGAGCAGGCGGAGGCCAUACUGAUAGAGAUGGACAGAACACUGGUGGGAGGACAGGAGAUCCGUCUCUCUCUCUGCACCCCCGGAACCUCAGGCAGGAGCACAUUGGCAGCGCUCAUCGCUGCUCAGGGUGUGAUGUUGAGUAAUAAGAAGGGCUUACUGCCGGAGCCCAACUUGGCCCAGCUGCUGAACAGCAUGACCAACCCAGCAGCCCUACAAGUCCUCAUGAGGCCUUACCACACUGGCAAACGAGGAGGGAAGUUUGGGCGGCCCCCAAGCCUGUCUCCAUUCCUCAGACCUCCCCUCACAGCAGCCCUGUUCCAACUGGGGAAGGUACAGCAGAGUUCCAUGUUGGGGAACGGUCUGGUGUUUCAGAAUCUAUUGCACAUGCAGCUGGCCCAGCAGCAGCUCCUGCAUAUCAAAGACAAGCACAUCAGCAAUGUAUCUAGUCUGUUGGGUGACCCCUCUCAUCUACUCCUACAGAAAGUCCUUGGUCUCAGACCCCCAGCCCCCAUGGCCCUGGGACAGGGUCUGCUGGGUGACUCCCCCACUGAGUUGGGUCAGGAGUCCCUGCCAAUGUCCAGUCAGGCCUCAGUGUCGGCAGCGGGCAUGAUGCCCUACCUGCAGGGGCAGGCACACCUGGGAACAGCCGGGGGAGGGGAACAGAACGGGGCCUGCAUCUACACCACAGCCUCUGACAGGCAACCAGCCCCUCCUGGGACCGCGGUGAAUGCUCAGCCCCAGGGACAGAGCUACUUCCUGGGUCCCCCACCACCCAAAGCUCCAGGGGGCCACCAGCCCGGCCUACACAGCUACAGCAGCACUGAGAGUAGCCCAGCUAGUGGAGCUCCCAGCAGUCAGUUCUCUCUCCUGGGUGACCCCCCUAAAGAGAUGAAGCUACCCUCCAAUCCAUACCUGAAUCUAGCUAGUGUGCUACCUGGCAUGGUGCUGCAAGCCCCGGCAGCCUGUAAAACGCAGACAGGGCAGCCUCUAGUUGGGGUGUACAGCAGUGCUAUGCCCCCUGUCUCCCAACCCUCCACUUCCCAAACUCCAGCACCCUACAGCACUGAUACCUCUGCAGACUACAGUCACUACAGCCAGGCAUACUCACAGGAGGCUAUGCAGCAGUGGUACCAGCACUACCAAGCCCAGAGCUACAGCACCGCCCCCCAGGAGAGCCACGCUAAGGACUAUAGCAAGGAGCACACACAGCAGGCGGCGGUGCCGUCCUAUGGGGAUUACAGCUCCUACAUGCAGGCUGUCAGUCAAUACUAUUGUCAGCCUCCUAUGACCCAGCCACCUCCCCAGGUCUACCAGCACAGAGACCCUACCAAGGAGGCUGAUGUGUGUAAGUCGCUGGGUGUGUCUCUCCAUGCGGUCAGUAACGGCGGUGCCCAGUCGGUGCUGCCCGCCGCGGUCCUGCCAGCCUACAGCACCAUGCCUAUGAUGUCAGGCUUCAUGGCCGCGCCACCUCACGCCACACACCCACCCAGCUCCACCACACACAUCCAGAGUGCCCACGCCAAAGCAACCAAUGAAUGGAACCAGUACUACUACAAUCAGACGACUCGGGGGCAGAAGCGGGAGUACCCUCACUUGGCGGUGCACAAUAUGACAUCAGAGGGGGCGUACGUGGGGCAGCACUCCCAGGGACUGGGGGGUCAGUACGCUGACUACUUCAAGAAGAAGAGGAUCUAGAGAUUACCUCUGACCUCCCUCUCUCUGAACCCCUGCACCCUAUCUCCUAAACCAUACAGUACAUACACAGUCUCAGCUUUAGUGUUGUAUGAUGUUGGUAUACACACACACACACACACACACACACACACACACACACACACACACACACACACACACACACACACACACACACACACACACACACACACACACACACACACACACACACACACACACACACACACACACACACACACACACACACACACAGUUGCUUUUGUCCUGUUUAAGCCUUAACUCUUUACUCAGUUGGUGUAAAUGCUUCUUGACUAAUAAUCUCUGUACAUUGUUUCUAAUGUAUGUGAGCUGCUUCUGUAUUUUAGGGUCAGUCAGUCUGCCUUGUUGAAGGCCAGUCAGUGUGUAGUCAGGUUUCUCUCUCUCUCUGUUUCUAUCACUCUGUUUCUAAUCUCUCUGUGCGCUUUUCUACAAACGGGGGAAACUGGCCAGUGUUGCAGACAGAGUUGAUUUGAUGACUCACUUUAACUGAUGUGUUUUUCUCUUCCUCAGUGUCUUUCUCUUUUUCUGAUUGCCUAAGCUCUCCUUUUAUCUCUCUCUUUGUGGAGACAUUGAUGUAGUGAGUGCGUGUGUGUGCGUGUUAUGUCGUAAGUGUAGGAGUGAUCAGCCAUUCGCAAGGUAGAAGAAGGCACAGGGAGAGGGAUGUCUAAUCACUGCUUUUAACCUUGAACAAUGGACACUUAUAGACUCCCAUUGGUCUGGUGUACUAGCAAAUGAAUGGACACCUAACUUGGUACCUUAUAGACAUGACAAUAGUCACUGAGUGGACAUUUCUUUGGGUCGAUAUAGCCAUGUAUUAUAACUAGCUAGUGGAUGGACAUUUCCAAGACCUAGGCCUUCUUCUUAUGGCUCUGUGUAUGACAGCUACAGGGUGGAAACCUUCCACUGUUUAUAAUGGCUGUCGUUUUCUGUAGGGGCCAUUGAACAGUCGUUUAGUCGAGGAACAGAAGAGGGUCCCUUUCUCACCUCUUCUUUUUCUGCUGUUUUUUAAAUGACUUUUCUGGACGGGAAGCGCUGUGGAGACACAAACAAACCAACCAACGCUUUAAUACUGCUUCAUAAACUGACAUUAGAAAUGAAACAGGAAACAGAAAAAUUCAGGAGAGUAGCCAUGUUGAAUUAUCUCAGAGAUUGGAGUCAUUUCCAUUUUGAUUCAGUCAAUUCAGAAAGUAAAAAGAUAGGCUUCUAUCUAUAAAAAUAACCGGCAAUUUUCAUCAAGCCAUGAAUCGAAUUUAAAUGAAUCACCUUGAGAUUCAUGUGGUACAGCAGGGGUAGGCAACCCUGUUCCUGGAGUGCUGCAGGUAUUGUAGGAUUUUGUUCCAACUAGGCACCACAUCUGACCAACUGAGCUAAUUGAUCAGUUCAGUGAUUGAUUAAAUUCAACACACCUGGUCUUCCAGGUCGGUUACAUCAAAAACGUGCCUGCGGCACUUCAGGACCAGGCUUGCGUACUACCCCUGUGGUACAGUGAAAGUGAAAAGGCAUUGAAACCCAACCCUUGUGGACUGACAGGGGGGUUUUAGAGGUACGAAGGGCAUGGGAUGAGGGCUUUAGCACCAUGUUACGUACUGGCACAGGUCUUCAGCCUUAGACCCAGGCAAUAACAACAGCUACUGUACCAACUAAUAUCACAAUGCCAACAUGAGUGUAUACAAGGGCAUUACCACUCAAUGUGUAGUGUGCUACAAUCAAUCAAACUGUCAGUUUCUUUCUCUCUUUUCAUUUUUCUUCCUCUCCAUCUGAUCCCUAAUCUCUCUAAUCUGUCUGUUUUCAUCCACUCUGAGUUGAAAAAGCGCCGUUCUCCUGUGUCAUGUGACUUGAUUUGAAGCACUGAUGUUUUUAGUGGUGUCAUAUAUCAUGCUCUUAACGGGCGAAGCUGUAACAUAUUUAAACCCCUUUCAGUGCUGUGUUACACUGGCUUAGAGCCAUACUUUUACUUGUACUGUGUGUGUGUAUGUUGGACUUGGCUUUUCCAGCCAGUUGAUUGCUAGCUUCAACCAUGUCUUUAAAAGGCAAUGCUUAGAAGUGUGUGUAGCUUCUUUAUUUCUGUGUGCGUGCGUGCGAGACUGUAGGAGGCUGUCUCAGUCAGUGUCUGUAAAAGGCAGACCCAGGCAGGUCAUAAUGUCUGUCUGUAGUCAGGCACUUUAAGCCAGUCUGUGUUGUUUUAAUGGCCCUCCGGUGAUUGAAUUAGCCUUCUUUCUCUAAGCCAUUACCGGGUGUGCCACAGUGCUAUGCAGAGCUGUGCCUGUGUGUUUUCUGACCUGCUCAUAUUCCUUCUUUGCCUAAUAGCAGGUCCAUAGGUUUUUAUAGGAAUUCAGUGUACUGUAGUCUGUGUGUUGUCUGAGUUUGUGUGUGAAUAAGUUGUGUGUGCGUUAAUAACCUGCUUUUGGCAGGUAUGAGGGGAACAGACAGCAGAGAGGGAGAGCGAGAAAGAGAGGAGAGAGAGAGAGAGAGAGAGAGGAGAGUGGGAGAGAGAGAGAGGAGAGAAAGAGAGUGGGAGAGAGAGAGAAAGAGAUGAGAGGGAGAGAGAGGAGAGUGGGAGAGAGAGAGAGGAGAGAAAGAGAGUGGGAGAAAGAGAGGAGAGUGGGAGAGAGAGAGAGGGACAGAGAGAAAAACUGCUCCAGUUGCUAGCAGUCUGUGUUUAUUCAUUUGUCGUUCCAUUUUGAUUCCUCUUUUUUUCCCUGUGCGUGUGUGUGUGUGCAUUUAGCUAAGGUCUCUGAUGGUAUUGUCCAGGUCUGUUACCAUAUAAUAUUAUGAUGAUAGUCAGCACAGAUACCUCAUUACCUCUGCAUGACAUUAUUCUGUCUCCUCUUAGAAGUGUUCCCUGUAGUAUUGCAUGUACACUGAGUAUACCAGACACUAGGAACACCUUCCUAAUAAUAACUCGCACACCCCUACCCCCCUUGCCCUCAGAACAGUCUCAAUUCAUCGGGGCAUGGACUCUACAAGGUGUUGAAAGCGUUCCACUGGGAUGCUGGCCCAUGUUGACUCCAAUGCUUCCCACAGUUGUGUCAAAUUGGCUGGAUGUUUUGGGUAGUGGACCAUUCUUGAUACACAUGUUUUUUGACACACUAAAACUGGUGCGCCUGGCACCCACUACCAUAACCCGUUCAAAGACACAAAUCUUUUGUCUUGCCCAUUCACCCUCUGCAUGGCACACAUACACAAUCCAUGUCUCAACUGUAGCAAAGCUUAAAACUCCUGUCUCCUCCCCUUCAUCUACACUGACUGAAAGAGCAGUGUUUUGUACACUCAGUGUAUACCGUUUAUGAUGUUACAGGUUUUAAAGCAAACCCUGGUUAGAAUGAGAUUCAGCAGUGGAAUUGGCCUCAAGGGCCAGACUGCUUUUAGUUUAGCUAGAACCAGUGACCUGACCAGAGGUUGAAGGGUUAAGGGCUUUUCCAUCUACAGUACCAAUCAAAAGUUGACGCACCUACUCAUUCAAGGGUUUUUCUUUAUUUCUUAUUAUUUUCUACAUUGUAGAAUAAUAUCGAAGACAUCACAACUAUGAAAUAACACACCUGGAAUCAUGUAGUAACCAAAAAAAGUGUAAAACAAAUCAAAAUGUAUUUUAUAUUUGAGAUUCUUUAAUGCCUUGAUAACAGCUUUGCAUACUCUUGGCAUUCUCUCAACUAGCUUCAUGAGGUAGUCACCUGGAAUGCAUUUCAAUUAACAGGUGUGCCUUCUUAACAGUACAUUUGUGGAAUUUCUUUCCAUCGUAAUGCGUUUGAGACAAUCAGUUGUGUUGUGACAAGGUAGAGGUGGUAUACAGAAGAUAGCCCGAUUUGGUAAAAGACCAAGUCCAUAUAAUGGCAAGAACAGCUCAAAUAAGCAAAGAGAAAUGACAGUCCAUCAUUACUUUAAGACAUGAAGGUCAGUCAAUCCAGAAAAUUACAAGAACUUUGAAAGUUUCAUCAAGUGGAGUCGCAAAAACCAUCAAGCGCUAUGAUGAAACUGGCUCUCAUGAGGACCGCCACAGGAAAGGAAGACCCAGAGUUACCUCAGCUGCAGAGGAUAAGUUCAUUAGUUACCAGCCUCAGAUUGCAGCCCAAAUAAAUGCUUCACAGAGUUCAAGUAACAGACACAUCAACAUAAACUGUUCAGAGGAGACAUUCAUUGUCAAAUCGCUGCAAAGAAACCACUACUACAGGACACCAAGAAGAAGAAGAGACUUGCUUGGGCCAAGAAACACGAGCAAUGGACCUUAGACUGGUGGAAAUCUGUCCUUUGGUCUGAUUAGUCCAAAUUUGAGAAUUUUGUUUUGUUUUUUUGUCUUUGUGAGAUGCAGAAUAGGUGAACGGAUGAUCUCCACAAGUGUGGUUCCCACAAUGAAGCAUGGAGGAGAUAUGAUGAUGUGGGGGUGCUUUGCUGGUGACACUGUGAUUUAUUUAAAAUUCAAGGAACACUUAACCAGCAUGGCUACCACAGCAUUCUGCGGCGAUAAGCCAUCCCAUCUGGUUUGCGCUUAGUGGGACUAUCAUUUGUUUUUCAACAGGACAAUAAGCCAACACACCUCCAGGCUGUGUAAGGGCUAUUUGACCAAGAAGGAGAGUGAUGGUGUGCUGCAUCAGUUGACCUGGCCUUCACAAUCACCCGACCUCAACCCAAUUGGGAUGGUUUGGGAUGAGUUGGACCGCAGAGUGAAAGAAAAGCAGCCAACAAGUGCUCAGCAUAUGUGGGAACUCCUUAAAAAGAAAACCAUUCCAGGUGAAGCUGGUUGAGAGAAUGCCAAGAGUGUGCAAAGCUGUUAUCAAGGCAAAGGGUGGCUACUUUGAAGAAUAUAAUUAUAUAUUUUGAUUUGUUUAACACUAUUUUGGUUACUAUAUGAUUCCCCCAAAAACAUUGAAUGAGUAGGUGUGUCCAAACUUCGACUGGUACUGUAUAUCGGUUGUGCCCAUCUCUGCAUGUUGACAUCUAGGCUUAUUGCUAUAUUGAUUGGAAAUAAGGUACACGGUCAGUGUUUUAGGAGAAUCAGCUAGUUUGAUGUGUCUAUAGGCUGCGUUGACACAACAAUGUUCGUACUACACUGGGUGAGCACAAAGAGUGAGCCUGUGCCUAGGGUACUGAACCGUGUGUGUGUGUGUGUGUGUGUGUGUGUGUGUGUGUGUGUGUGUGUGUGUGUGUGUGUGUGCGCGUGAGAGCUUUGCAAUACUGAAGUCUUUACGACUGUACAGAAUAUUUUAAAGGCUGUACAGUCGUGGCCAAAAGUUUUGAGAAUGACAAAAAUUAAUUUCCACAAAGUUUGCUGCUUCAGUGUCUUUAGAUAUUUUUGUCAGAUGUUACUAUGGAAUACUGAAGUAUAAUUACAGUGUUUCAAAGGCUUUUAUUGACAAUUACAUGAAGUUGAUGCAAAGAGUCAAUAUUUGUAGUGUUGACCCUUCUUUUUCAAGACCUCUGCAAUCCGCCCUGGCAUGCUGUCAAUUAACUUCUGGGCCACAUCCUGACUGAUGGCAGCCCAUUCUUGCAUAAUCAAUGCUUGGAGUUUGUCAGAAUUUGUGGGGUUUUGUUUGUCCACCCACCUCUUGAGGAUUGACCACAAGUUCUCAAUGGGAUUAAGGUCUGGGGAGUUUCCUGGCCAUGGACCCAAAAUAUAAAUGUUUUGUUCCCCGAGCCACUUAGUUAUCCCUUUUGCCUUAUGGCAAGGUGCUCCAUCAUGCUGGAAAAGGCAUUGUUCGUCACUAAACUGUUCCUGGAUGGUUGGGAGAAGUUGCUCUAGGAGGAUGUGUUGGUACCAUUCUUUAUUCAUGGCUGUGUUCUUAGGCAAAAUUGUGAGUGAGCCCACUCCCUUGGCUGAGAAGCAACCCCACACAUGAAUGGUCUCAGGAUGCUUUACUGUUGGCAUGACACAGGACUGAUGGUAGCGCUCACCUUGUCUUCUCCGGACAAGCUUUUUUCCAGAUGCCCCAAACAAUCGGAAAGGGGAUUCAGAGAAAAUGACUUUACCCCAGUCCUCAGCAGUCCAAUCCUUGUACCUUUUGCAGAAUAUCAGUCUGUCCCUGAUGUUUUUCCUGGAGAGAAGUGGCUUCUUUGCUGCCCUUCUUGACACCAGGCCAUCCUCCAAAAGUCUUCGCCUCACUGUGCGUGCAGAUGCACUCACACCUGCCGGCUGCCAUUCCUGAGCAAGCUCUGUACUGGUGGUGCCCUGGUGGUGCCCUUUCUUGGGCGCCCUGAAGCCUUCUUCACAACAAUUGUACCGCUCUCCUUGAAGUUCUUGAUGAUCUGAUAAAUGGUUGAUUUAGGUGCAAUCUUACUGGCAGCAAUAUCCUUGCCUGUGAAGCCCUUUUUGUGCAAAGCAAUGAUGAUGGCACGUGUUUCCUUGCAGGUAACCAUGGUUGACAGAGGAAGAAUAAUGAUUCCAAGCACUACCCUCCUUUUGAAGCUUCUAGUCUGUUAUUCGAACUCAAUCAGCAUGACAGAGUGAUCUUCAGCCUUGUCUUCGUCAACACUCACACCUGUGUUAACGAGAGAAUCACUGACAUGAUGUCAGCUGGUCCUUUUGUGGCAGGGCUGAAAUGCAGUGGAAAUGUUUUUUGGCGAUUCAGUUAAUUUGCAUGGCAAAGAGGGACUUUGCAAUUAAUUGCAAUUCAUCUGAUCACUCUUCAUAACAUUCUGGAGUAUAUGCAAAUUGCCAUCAUACAAACUGAGGCAGCAGACUUUGUGAAAAUUAAUAUUUGUGUCAUUCUCAAAACUUUUGGCCACGACUGUAGACCCAGAUUGGAUGUGCUAUUUUCUUUCUACUGUAUUUUUUAAGUAUGUGGAUUCUUUCUGACAUGAAAUCUCUACUGUAGAUUUUGCAAUAUUUUAUAUUACAACUACGUUGAUAUUGCUUUACUGUGAAUAAGCUAUUUCUAGAUGCGAUCGAAUUUUAGCAUGCAUAUUUACUGCUGUAAUAUACAAAUAUGUUUUCAAUAAUCAAUAUUGCAUUUGACGCUUUGGAAUUUGACACAGAACAAAGGCAAAAAAAAACAUUUUAGAUUUUAUUUAUUUUAAUUGUGUAUUUAUGUAAAUGUUUCAGUUAGUCAUUAUUUCUUUGUCUUAUUCCUCUGAAAAAUUUAUUUGUUUUCUCUUCUUUAUGAGCAGAAGGAAUUGUCUUUUACAUUCCAGAAUAAACAUGGACUGUAACUGAAAAA